GGGCGCACCGUGUCAUGGCUGCCUGCGUCGAGGUCCUGCGCUUGUCCAGCCCGUGGACACAAAGUUUCUGAGCAGGGGUGACUGGGGACCUGAACUCCCAUGCCCUGAAAUAGAGUGACCUCCACUAAGCGAACAUGCACAGCUGAAAUGAACUUUUGAUCCUUCUGCUGACUUGGUAGCGAGUUUGGUGGUGUGGGCAGACCUGCUGUUCAUGAUGGCAUCAAGUGCUGAAAGCCAGCUGCAGAGGAUUAUUAGGGAUUUGCAAGAUGCUGUGGUGGAACUAAGCAAGGAAUUUAAGGAUCUCGGGGAGCCAAUUACGGAUGACAGCACCAACUUGCACAAGUUUUCCUACAAGCUUGAGUAUCUUUUACAGUUUGACCAAAAAGAGAAGGCCACUCUCCUAGGGAACAGGAAAGAUUAUUGGGAUUACUUCUGUGACUGUCUGGCUAAGGUGAAAGGAGCCAGUGACGGCAUCCGCUUCGUCAAGUCUAUUUCAGAGCUCCGAACAUCACUUGGAAAGGGGAGGGCAUUCAUUCGCUAUUCUCUAGUGCAUCAGAGACUGGCAGACACCUUGCAGCAAUGUCUCAUGAAUACUAAAGUGACCAGCGACUGGUACUAUGCAAGAAGCCCAUUCCUCAAGCCCAAAAUGAGCUCUGACAUUGUUGGCCAACUGUAUGAGCUCACGGAGGUCCAGUUUGAUCUGGCAUCCAGAGGUUAUGAUUUGGACGCUGGUUGGCCAACGUUUGCGAGGAGGACUCUGGCCUCCCUAGGCUCCUCAGCAUACUUGUGGAAACCCCCAAGUCGGAGUUCAAGUAUGAGUAGUCUGGUGAGCAGCUAUCUUCAGACUCAAGACUUGGCUUCCAGUUUCGAUGUGAACAGCUCCAUGAAUGCAGAGGCCCUGGAAGGGUUUGAUGAAAUGCGUGUAGAGCUGGACCAUUUAGAGAUAAGGGAAAAGGAGCUACAGGAUCGCCUGCAGCAGUUGGAGAGGGAGAACCAGGAGCUGAGGAAGGCCAUGAGCCUCCAGGCAGAGCAGAUGCAGGCAGAGCAGGGGAAGGGAAGAGGCCUGAUGGAGGAGAAUGCCCGGCUGACCCAAAGGGUGACUGAGCUCCAGAAGGAAUGUCUGAUCUCCCAGUCAACUCAGAGCACCCUGCAGGAGCUACAGAAAUGUCUGAAGACGCUGGAGCUGGGCACAGCUGAAAAUAAAAGGGAAUACCACUCGACCCUGCAACAUCUUGAGUCAAAAUUACAGCCCCUGGUACAGCAGCUGGAGAUGGCCUGGGAUGCCAUCACCAUGAAAGACCAGAGCAUCGCUGACCUCCAGGCCAAGCUGGCCAUGGCUGAGCAGAGGGACCUGGAGACCAUGGCAAAAGGAGACACGGUGAUGGAUAUGAGUGGCCAGAAGGCAUCUGAUCAGGUCAGCUUCUCCCAGGACCUUCAGGAUCUAGUAGAAAAGCAAGCAGUUGAGCUGGAGAGACUGAGCAAGGAGUUAAAACAGAAGGAGCAGGCCCAGGGGGAGCUUGAGUCCAAGUUCAACAUUUUGGUCACUAGUUCCCAAGAAGAAAACAGAAAACUGCUCAGUGACCUGGAGGGGUCGGUCAAGGAGACAGAGUCUCUACGAGAAGAACUGUCAUCGAAAGGGAAGGAGAUGACUGAUCUCCAGCUCCAGCUAAAAGAAUCGCUGGCAAGCUCCAAGUCUCUUGAAAAGGAAUUGGAAGAGUUAAGAAAGGAAGAGAGGCUUCAUCAAGACGAGCACAGGCAGGAGAAAGAGCUACUGGAACAGGAGACUAAAUCCCUGACCAAGCAGCUCCAGCUCCUUGAAGCCCAGUUGUCCCAGGCAAACCAGCACGUGAGCAGCCUAGAGGAGCAGCAGAAGCAGCUGCUCGGCGACCGAGACCAUCUCCAUCAGAAGGUGGGGGAGCUGGAAUAUGUCCUUGGGCAGCAGAGCGGGGAGCUCAGUGCUGCCAGGGAGAAGGGCAAGGAGUUGAGCGCGGGGGACUCCUCCCUGCUUCAGGCCAGAAAGAAGCCAGAAGAGCAGCAGCAGGGGCCACAGGAGGCCCCAGCCUCAUUGGAAGUGGGAGUGGCCCUGCUCCAGGGACAGAGCAGCGACGCCCCAGUGUCCACCAGUGAGGAGGAGAAGCUCCAGGCGGGAGACAGAGAGCGGGAUGAGGAGCUUCAGAAUGCCCUCCACCGAAACCAAAUCCUCGAAGACAAGCUCAAGACCCUGCAGGUGGAUUAUGAAGACCUGAGACAGCGCGAGGCAGCCAUCAAGGGCUCCCUGGCUUCCCUGGAAGCAGAGCAGGCCAGCAUCCGCCAUAUUGGGGACCAGAUGGAGAAGAGCCUGCUCGCUGUGAAAAAGGCCAAGGAGACAAUGAAGGCCCAGGUGGCUGAGAAAGAGGCGGCAAUCCAAAACAAGGAAGGUGAGUGCCAGCAGCUGCGGGCAGAGGUGGAGAGGUAUCAGAGGCAAGCCGAGGCCUACGAGGAGGAGAUGAAGGGCCUGAGGAGCACAUGCCAGCAGCAAACACAGCUGAUCCAGGGCCUCAGUUUAGAAAAGGGAGUGAUGGAGAAAAAAGCCCAGCUGGAGCAAAGCAUGGACUGGGAGAGAGGGACCCAAGAGUUGGCUUCCCAUCUGGUGCUGAUGCAAAAGCAGCUGGAGGUCCACCAGGAUGAGGCCAGGAGGUCGCAGGCAGAGGUGGUCGAGCUCCGAACCAAGCUGCAAAGGGCCCUGGAAAGCCAGGAGCAGGCCCAGAACCGGCUGGCCGUGGUGGAGACUCUUCUGGAGGAGAACAGAAGCCUGGUCCAACAGCUGAAGGAGCAGAAUGAGGGCCUCAACAGGACUCACGUGCAAGAGCUGCUCCAGUGCACCGAGAGGGAAGACGUGCUGAGGGAGGAGAAGGACGGAGAGGCCCAACAGAGGGCUGAGCAGGAGAGACAGCUCCGGGAAGAGUUGUCCCAGGCCAAACAGGACGCAGAGCUGGCCCAGCUGGAGCAUGCCGAGGUGCAGGAGCAGCUCUACCGGACCAACACUGACAUGGCUGAACUCGGCAUUCAGGUCUGUGCCCUGACGGCAGAGAAGGCACACGUUGAAGAGAAGCUCGCCCAGGUCUCCCAGAAGCUCGGGGAGGCCGAAGAGAGGGCUUCCAGGGAACGGGAGGGCCUCCAGCGGGAUUUGGAAGGGCUCAGGCAGGAAAGGGACAGCCUGUGGGAGAAACUGCAGGUGGCCCAGGAGAGGGCCCUCACAUUGCCUGACCUGCAAAGCCAGCUGAGCCUGGCCGAGAAGCAAGCCCAGAGUUUGCGGGAGGCUGGUCAGGAAGAGCUCUCCACGGUGAAAUUCCAGAUGAGCACGGAGAUCAUGAACUGCCAAGCCAAGCUCAAGGCAGUGAAUGAAGAAUGUAAAAAUCUAAAGGGUCAGCUGGAAGAAAAAGAUGGGCAGCUGAGGGCAGCUGAAGAGGAGACUGCAAAGCUGAAGGCCAUGGAAUCAGGUUUGGGGAAGGAAUUAGAGCAUUCAACAGAACAACUGGCCAAGUCCCAAGCUGCAGUCAUGGCGAAGGAAGAAGAAGUCGCAGCCCUGAAUGCCAGUUUGGAAAGGAUGCAAAAGGAACUCGAAAAAUCAGAUGCAAAGGUCCAAGAAUAUUGGGAAAAGCUCAACCAGGAGAUGGUAGAUCGAGAAAAAAAUGAGCAGCAGAUGCUAGCUAAUUUGGAUGAUUUGAACAAAACCAAGAAAUACCUUGAAGAACGACUAAUAGAACUUCUCAGGGACAAAGAUGCUCUUUGGCAAAAAUCUGAUGCCCUAGAAUUCCAACAGAAACUGAGUGCAGAAGAAAGAUGGCUUGGAGACACAGAGGUGAAUCACUGCUUGGACUGUAAGAGGGAGUUUAGCUGGAUGACGCGGCGGCACCACUGCAGGAUAUGUGGUCGCAUCUUCUGUUAUUACUGCUGUAACAAUUACAUCAUGACCAAGCACAGCGGCAAGAAGGAGCGCUGCUGCCGGGCCUGCUUCAGGAAGUACACGGAAGGGUCCGGCUCCCCGGACAGCUCUGGCUCAGCAGCCUCCCAGGGCGAGCUCCUCUCCUCUCCAUCCAAGUCAGCAGGCGACCUGGCUGCCGGAGUCAGAGUGGCAUCUCCAGACUCGCGACCCCCAGAUGAUGCUGUGUUUGACAUCAUCACCGAUGAGGAAUUGUGCCAGAUCCAGGAAUCUGGCUCCCUCCCCGAAACACCCACGGAAGGGGAUUCGCUUGACCAAAGCGUGGCUGAACAGGACAGCAUAUCCAACUCUUUGACGCCCGAUGGCUCUGAAGACAUGCCAAUGGGUCAGGAUGCAGAAAUCUGCUUGCUGAAGUCUGGAGAGCUGAUGAUAAAAUUACCCCUCACUGUAGAUGAGAUCUUAAAUUUUGGGGAAAGCAACAGAGAGCUAUUUGUCAGAUCCAGCACCUACAGCAUCAUCCCGAUCACUGUGACCGAGACCGGCCUCACCAUCAGCUGGGUCUUCUCCUCCGAUCCCAAAAGCAUAUCGUUCAGUGUUGUCUUCCAAGAGUCUGAGCAUGCUGCCCUGGAUCAGUGUAAGGUUCUAAUUCCCAUGACCCGUUGCAAUUCCCACCGGGAAAACAUCAAAGGCCAGCUGAAGGUCAGGAACCCAGGGAUUUAUAUCCUGAUAUUUGACAACACCUUCUCAAGGUUCAUCUCCAAAAAAGUCUUUUAUCACCUGACAGUUGACUGGCCUGUGACCUACGAUGGGACCGAUUUCCCAUAGAUUCAAACCCCCAACAUCUUAAUCGCUUCACUUUAUCCACGGGAAACACUACUCUUAUUUACAUAUCACAUAAACACUAAAGAAAAGAAAGCCUGGCAGCCCUCGAACUGCACAAUUUUAAAGAUGGAGCAUCUUGGGCAUGCUCCCUGAAGCCUCCUCUGCUCUGUACCAUGUACAGAUGGCUGUUGGCUUAUGCAGCUCCCUACAGCCCAGGGAUUUAUCUCUUCUAAUAUUUAAGGACCUCAGUCACGGCCUCUUGGGGACUUAAGAUUAACAACUAAGGAACGUGAAUUCUCCAGAGGGAUUCACUUGAGUUUGCAAUACUUGGAUACUUAAAAGAGAUUGUCUCUUCUCUGGGCAGCUGUUUUUUAUACCUGCUGUUGUUUAUACCCAAGAAACCAGGAGGGCUUCUGUUUUAAAAAGCCGGGAUGGGGGAGAAGACCUGAGGGGAUGGGGAGGGGAAUGGGUGAAUCAUCCAAACCAUUGGAGGGUGUUGAAGAGAGACACCCUGCCUGUGGCAAUGAUCAUCCUCGGCAUGAUGCUGUCGGUAGGUUGGUAUCUCUUUUCUAGCUCCUUUUAAACACCAGCUAAUCCUCAAGGAAAUAAAUCAUGCAAGGCAGUCAUCGAAAUGAUUGCUGUGAGAUAGGAAAGUCAGUUCAAUUCAGCACCCAUUUAUUAAACACCAGCUAUGGGCAAGGUUUGUUGAGUACAGAGACCACAAAGACAAAGGGAAACCGUAACUGCCUUCGAGGAGCUUCCAAUCAGAUGUUCACAUGGAGACUGUGAAAGGUGAGACUUUGAAAUGCUCCGUCUUCAACCUGGUCACGUUCCUUUCUCCUUCUCAUUGUCCCCCCAGAUUGGGGGCUUCUCAGAAGCUCAGCUUAAACCCUGAGGGACCUGUGCCUGCUGCCCUCCUUCCCAGGCCUCUCUCUAAUUAUGUCUGGUCUCAAAUAACCCAGUAAUUGCACAAUUGGCCUUUGAGUCUCAGCCUUCUAAACAGAUGGGCAGGUAGAGUCACCCCAUCAUGGAUGUGGUCACAGACCUAAGUGUUGACAAGCAGAUGAUCAGAUUGUCUGACCCAGAGUCCCAAUCAGCUGUUCUCACAUAAACACGUGCCUGCUGAUAUCUGUGAUGGCAGAGAAAAAAGAACAAAGUCUUGCGUUUAUUUGACAUUAUGCAUCUCUCCUUCUGCCUAGUGUUUUUAGAGGGCCCAAGAAGACCUUUUGCCUUAAGUAGAGGCUUUGGCACCAAAAUAUUUUAUUUUUAACUGAAACUGACUCCCUGGUACUAAAUGAAAAUAUGUUUGUGGAAAUACAAACACAUUUUCAUUUACUGAUGGCUAUAACCAAAGCAUAGUUCUGAUUCCAAAAGCAAUCAUUUUUAAAGAGUAUUUCUUUGAGAACAGAAGUAUAAGCAUUAGUAUAGUUCAUGUGUUCACUGCAUUUUUAUUCCUUGAUUUACACUUUAGCCCUGACACAUAUAUGGGGCAUUUACAAAUUUGCAAAGCUACUUUUUUUUCCUUUUGUCCCUAUCUCAUGCCUUUUAAAGAACUCUUCCCUCAUACCACAGACUUCUCUCUCCUUGAGGAGAAUUAUUGUAUCUUUUCCAUAUGAUACUGUGGCCUCUUCCCAAACACUGGGCACCAUCUUUGCUUAUGUCCUUUUCUACCUAUACUUCCUGAACUGCCUUUUCCAAGGUCAGUUGUUGUCCCUCAGACUUCAGGUGCUUCCUGAGACGUGGUGCUCCUAAAGGAAGAGAAUGCUAAGGAAGAGAGAAAGUAUUGGAAAGAGUCGUGGACUUGGGGCUCUGAGGACCCACCUUCUGGUUUAGACUCUGCUACUCACUAGCUGCCAGCCUUGGGCAAGGCACUUCACUCCCAUCUUAUCUGUAAAAUAUAAAUGCAGACUUUGGGCUGGCACACAUUAUACUCAUAAGCAUCAUGGAUCCCUUUGGCUGACUGGCGAAACCUAUGGAUCUCUUCUCAGAAUGAUUUUUAAAGCCAAAAAGUAAAAUACACAGGAUUACAAAGGAAACCAGUUGUAUUGAGUUAUCAAAAUAUUAAUCAAGUUCAUGGAUCUCAGGUGCUAAAUGAUCUAGAUCUCUUUCAGUUCUGAUAUUCUGUGAUGCUAAGAACAGGUGAGAAGGACAAGUGUUGGUAGGUCCAGCACAUGCUACAAGGACCGCUAUGAUACCAACAACUAGGAACCUUGUUUGGGGCAAAGAGAUGAAGAAAAAAUAUGUUGAGAGGAAGGGCCUUGUAUAUAAAGGGAAGCUUCUGAUUUCCAACGGAAGAGUUAGUCAUUUUUAAUCAGUAAAAGGAGAGCAUCAGGAAUGAUCACUGGUGCCUGCCUUCUAUUUAGGAAGCAUCUUAAGUCCCUUGAAUCAAUGUAUGGGAGCAGAAAGCCAAUUGAUUCAUCCUCUCAGCUGGGAAAGGAGUAACAGCGGUGCUCUUCAUUCCAGGGUUUGGGAGAAGAGAGGGGAGAAGGAUGGGGACCUGGGAGAAGGAGUGUGAAAUGGGAACCAAGUUUGGAAAAGCAUCAGCAUGGUGGGGCCCAGCACCAAAUCUGUUGUCAGUGAACAUUCAGCUCCAAAAUCUUAUCAGGAGGAGAAUAUUCAGGGCUGAUGGCAGCUUCUAGUUGCCUGUUUUGGGGACAUUUCAUUACUUCUGUCAGAGGGUGAGAAGAGAAAAAUGGACACUGGAUAGAACUUUCAAACCAGCCCCCAGAAAAGGAUCCUCAGAGAAGGCAUCUGAAACUCUUGGCUCCAAUGGUGAUGUGGGCCAUCCUCCUCCAUUACCAUGAAGAAUCAAGGGUUGGCUGCAUCACUGAGAGAAGUUAAAAAUAGAAAAGUAAACUUUCAGAUAUCUUCAUUUUUCUCUUUGGGGCGACCAGUUUCACCUAGGACACCAGUGCCACUUCAGGACCCUCAGCUGGAUGGCCUGACACCCUAGCUGAUAACAUUGUCUUGAUCAUCAGCAUCACCACCAACAAAUAUUUAUAGAUUUCUACUACACCCAAGGCAUUGGGUUGGGUAUUGGAAUGUCUUUCCAACUGAGAUUCAUUGCAUGUUGCUGUCAUAGACUAUAGCAGGAGGACCUGUUAUAGAUUAAAAAAAGAAUUCAUUGCUUCUUAGGAAGUCAGUCCCAUAAGGAGGUACUUCACUUAGGAUGUAUAGAAUUUUGACUCUUCUCAUAGAUUGGCAAUCAGAUUGAAGACGAAUAGCACUUUAUUGUACUCAAAGGGCUGCCCAGAUCAUGCCAUGGUCAUUUCACUAACUAUAAUUGUAACCGCACAUUUAUUUUUCUGUACUAAACACGUCUUGUGCUUUUAAUGAACCAGUUAUUCAGAGGUUAGCUUUUUUAAUGGAUUCCUAAGAUUGGAAACAUUAACACUAUGCAAUGAGAGCUCUUACAUCUAGGUAUGGCUUUAAACUGUGUUACUUUAGUUUACAGUUAGAUUGCCAGUUUCGCUAGCUGUGGUGGGUUUUAGUUUUUGUUGUAUGAGAGCUGUUGAGUAUUUUAGCUCUGGCUGUGCCCCAUUGACUGAAGAUAACCCAACAGGAAACAUCUGUGGAAUUCCAGAUUGUGAUGUUAAAAGAAGAGCAGCAUUUGAUUGCAAGACAUUCAGGAGAAAGAUAACUUCGUUUGUAGGUCCUGAGUUACUCGGAUAGCCACUGCCCUGAAGCCAUUAGUUAAACUUCACAACUCCAAGAAUCAGGUCAGAUUUAUCCAGUCAUAUUCUGGUAUAAACCAGUUGAUGUUUUUCAUCAUUGAAAAAAAUUGUCUUUAUCUAAGUACAUACUUGAGAAAGCACUUUAUAAUUAUAGCAUUUAUGAUUCAGAAAGAUUACAUUGGGGCAGCUAGGUGGCGCAGUGAGUAGAACACCAGCCCUGGAGUCAGGAGGACCUGAGUUCAAAUUCGGCCUCAGACACUUGACACACUAGCUGUGUGACCUUGGGCAAGUCACUUAACCCCAACUGCCCUGCCUUCCCCCCACCAAAAAAAGUAAAAAAAAAAAAAACCAGAAAGAUUAGAUUAAGCAAAACCUUUCCCUGCUUUUAUUUAUUCUUAUCUAGAAACCCAAGAAUUAAUCAAUCCAUAGGGCUUUAAAAAAUGGAAAAGGACAAUAAUGUGUGAAUAUGAAGUAAGAUUGAUUUUUUUCCCCUCUCAUCUAGAGUCAUCAGUCCCUUUACUUAGUGCUCCUGGACUUAGGUCAUACUCAAAAUGCUAGGAAAAUAUGACAAAGAUGGCUAAAGCAUGAGGUGCAAACAAAGUCAAAGGCAAAUUGGUCAUGAAGUGAAACCACUUUUGAUAGAAAAGCCAGACUUUGAGAUGCGACGUAGAUUUUUCUUGUUACAGCCCUCUAUGGUUUCAGAUAGAAAUGUUGGCCACGUCCUCUGUGCUAAGAAUCUAAGCCUUGGUGCCGUAGGUGCUAAAUUCAAUUCAGCUGUCCGAGGCACCGUGCUAGCCACUGGAGGCAUGAAGACAAAAGUGAACCAGCUCCUGCCCUCAGGAAGCUGAAGGUGACCUAAGUGGUAAUAUAGAUCCAUAGAUGAGGGAGGGAGCAUUAACAACAUGUCCUUCUGAGUCCAUUUUAUCCCAGGGUCAGUGGAGGUAGGGAAUAGAAAACAGAAGCCUCUCUGCUAAGGCGACGCCUGAUCUGAGUCCCAGAACAAGAGAGGGAUACUUAGUGAUCAAAUGAGAUGGCGUUACAGGUGGAUUGAAUUCUGAGUGUAAAAAAAAAACAUACUGCUUUUUCUUUGUGAAACCUUCAGUGGGCUUUACUCUAUUUCACUGUUUCCAAUGGGGUUCUUCCAAAAGGUAGGGAAAACUGAAUUCACUGCAUGUUCUUUGGUCUUUUAAUAAUUCCUUAAAAGAAAAAAAAAGGUACUAGGUGGUUACAUAUCUGAAAGUUUAAACAGGGCAAGGCCCCCUCCAGGCCUAGCCACACAUUAUUCAAAGGGGCACAUGGACCUUUGGCAACACUGAAGAGCAGGCCCCUACAUCUGGAAUCUGUGGCUUGAAACCUGGAAUUAUACUUGGUGAGACUAAGCUUCAGUGAAUCCAGCCUCAUCCUACAUCCUGAUUGGGCUCCUGAUUCAGUGACAUCUGCCAAAGAACUACCUAAGAAAAGCUGGAUACCCCAACCCCUAGCAGUGGGGUGAAAGAUUAUUGUCACUGAAGUAUAUUCACUUAUUAGCAAUACAUACACUGCACCAUAUGGGGUGUCUCAUGCUUUUGCCUUUUUGGUUUUUAUCUCAGGAAUUAAAAGGAAAAAAUGCCAUUUA